AUGGAUGGUAGAUCCUCUAUUGAAGAGUCAGCUGGAAGAGUCAGAGAGACUCGCGCAGCAGUUCCAGAUAGCUGUUGUGGUGAGUUGAUUUCCCCUUCGGGCUGUCAGGGCUGACGAUUUAGCUUAUACAUGAAACAAUGGUAGUUGUGUUCUGUUGAGAUUGGAAGAUUCCUUCCCAAAAUAUAAAACUGAUCUCAUGUGUAGCAUGCAAUUGGUUGGAAGAUAAAAACUCUGCGAACUGAUAUACCAAAGCUCAAUCUACCCCCAGGGCGGAAACGUUGGAAAGAAUAUGAGCCAGUAUGUAGCUAACAUUCUGGCAACUUCAUAUCGUUUACUUACAAGUUUCCUAUUCAGUUUUUUGAGGACGAGGAGAUCGCAGAAUUGGGGCAUGCAUGGGAGAAUUCUGUAAAAAUGUCGACCAGUUGUACUGUUUUGUACUGACAAAACCAAAACAGGUCUUUGGGGGAAUAAUGCCAUCGUUAAGCGCUCCCGGGAAACAGGUACCACCAAACGUAAGAAUCGCGGGUACUUAUGCUCCUCUCCUCAGUUCGAGGGUAGAAACAUGGCCAGAUUGGAAGCAAUACGAAAGUUAUGGGGAAAUCUCGAUCGUCCCGAGACUAAUAACGAAUCGUUUUGGACCCGGAGCUAGCAAACUCGCUUUUCCCGUCCCAAGCAUGUACAUUGAGAUGCUACAGCAAGAGGAGUUUUGGAAUAUCAUUGUGCCACAAGGGAGGACAUUUGCUUUGCGGAUUCCAAAGAUUUUCGGUAUAGAGAACGUUAAAGGCAAGGGGAAGUUUUUUGUUAGAGGGGAAGACUUCCAACGCUUACUUGGAGUAAGUCAUUUUAUCAGCCCUUUCCUGAGCUCUUGUAAAUUUCUAGACAUCAACGGAGUUUGUAAUGCUACACAAAAACCCCCUCGUGUUAGAUCACUUAAGCUCACUUCAAAAUCCUUCUAUAUAGGGCCGAGAUCCUGGUUCUUAUCAGGACCCACCACCGGCACCUUUAUCAACCAACGAUUAUUCAAAUUGGCACACUAAUCAAAUACAGAUUAUGAAGAAACAUGCAAUUAAAACACAGCUUCGUGAGCAGAAGGGGGUAAAGGGUGAGGCUGGAGAAGAUCAGAAGCGCCUUGAAAGGGCUAUUUCCGCAUAUCGUGAGAAGGACUAUUGCACAACAUGGCUCAAUAUAGAAGACAUAGAAGACAAAGGGCAUCAAAAUCUCGAAUUCCAAAUAAGACUCCUAACAAUUCUCUUACGAGGCACUGAAAAGCUUCUGAAAGAAGGUCGAAUAAGAAACCUUCAACGAUAUUUCUACCUAUCGCUCUCGGAUCUGUUUAAUUAUACGAAGACGAUCCGCGACGGUAUUACUUCAGAGCUACAAAGAUAUAUUCGGAGCUUGCGCACAUUUUUAUCAGUUAUGGUGCUAUGAAGACCGAGGAUUUGGCUGAGAACGAUUUCAGAGAAAGGCUUCGGGAUGUUGUGGCGAAUCUUGUAUUGCCAAAGGAAGAGGUCUACGAUAUUGACGAUGCUUUCUUUUAUCGUCGGGAACAACUUAUGAAGAAUUCAACCCCAAAGAAGACACAGUAA